GUCCUCUGCCAGGCAGAUAACAUCCCGAGGGGCGAAAAUGAUGUUGCGGAGGAGACAAAAGCAACCAACACUAAGUGGUGGCCGGGUCGCAAGCAGAAACACCCCGCAAGGAAUGGAAAGUGCAACCUGACUGGUUGGUGGGAGAAUGAUCUGGGGUCCAGGAUGCACGUGUUUGCAGUUGACAGCCAGGGAAACUUCUCCGGCGAGUACCACACUGCUGUGUCGAGCACCCAGAAACCCAUCAAGCCAUCCCCCCUCAUCGGCUCCCAGCACUUGGACGAGGAUGGGCAGUGCACCUUUGGCUUUACUGUCAACUGGAAGAAGUUUUCUGACUCCACCGCUGUCUUCGUGGGCCAGUGCUUUGCUGCAGAUGGUGGUGAGGAGACCCUGCAUACCUCCUGGCUGCUGCGGGAGAAGGUUGACUCCCUCUCCAGCGACUGGAAAGCCACCAGGAUUGGCCACAACAUCUUCACUCGGGUGGGCUGA